AUGGGGUACAAGCAAUUCGUGGCUGACCUGAGGGCAGCGAAGGAGGCCAACAUCGACGGUGGCGUUACUGAAAUUCGGCCAGGAGAGUCUGAAGGAAGUGUGUCAUUCAAUUAUAUACAUCGAAAGCUCGUGUCUCCUUUGGGGAUCCAAGUCUUGGAUCAGAACAUCGAUGACUAUCCAAAAGGGUCUUCGUUCAUCCUCUUCACUUCCUCUGACUGUGCUGGAGACAGCGUCGUCUCAUUCCUAAGCCGCGUGACACCCAAGCUCACUGGCAAGUCCGUGAAGGAGGUGAUAGCGAGGAUCGCACAUGAUCUCACUACUUUUAUUGAGAAUCCAGACGACUUAGAGGAACACUCUGAUGAUGGUGGAGAGGCGGAUCACUCCUCACAGUCCGACGCGUGGGACGAAGAUGACGACGAGGAUUAUGAGGACGAAGAUGACGACGCCUUUGGGCUAUCAGCAGGAUUGCCAUCAACUCGCCAGGAGCUGGAGAUAAUCAUUCCCCAGUGGCAGGACAAAACUGAGAGGCAACGGCAUGAUUUGGCACUAGCCAUUGAUGCUGGAAUUUCUGUCGCCGUCGUGGGCGAUAGACCUGGACAACUGGGUGAGAUCAUCGCCAUGUCCAUUAACAUCUCUCGCCUGGGCUUGAGUGAUGACAUCCAUUCCAUCUGGGGUCUACGGAGCUCCGAUCACAUCAUGCUCUUACUCCAAUUUCCUGUUGGGUAUCCUUCCCUCGCCGACUUUUUGGCCCUCCAAUCCCACCAGGCGGUCUAUCGCGUACGACUCGGUAAAUGUGCUUCAACUAAACCAUCCUUCUCCUCUGCACGAUCUGCUCUGUCAGCCAGCCGAUAUGACUAUGAGGCCGAGAUGGAUGAUACUCACCAGGUGCUGGGAGGAGAGGUUCAAGCGCCGGAUGCAGAUAAUCGGGUCGAGGACGAUAAAUUCACCCCUUUGCAUCUCUUUAACUCCAUCACUACUCUGUUGAACCAAGAGUUUCCGGCCUUGUUGCGCACAAGAAGAGAACAUGGUCUUUCCUGGGAUAGUGCACAGGAACUUCUGCUUCGCCGUACCGAAGGCGCCCACAUUCGGGAUGCCAACUAUUCUGGGUCUGUUGCUCAACACAUCGCCGAUGCUCUCGAGAAGAACGAAAGGCAGCAGCAGACGGCGAAUCUUCCACACAUUUUGGCUCAGGACCACGCUUUAGAGGAUGAGGCGGUAUUCAGCAUCCCCCUCUCUAUGAUGUUGUUCUCCCUUCGCCGCCUGAUCCAGAGCGGCAAGUAUUGCGCCAGCUGCCACCAGCGAGUGACGGAUGGAUUCCAGGGCAUGAAGCCGUACGUCUGCUCCCGGCCUCUCUGCGUGGAUCAGUACUUCUCCUCGGGUAUGGCUCCCGGCAUUGAGCAUGAUAUCAUCAAUUCGCCGGUCGUGGUGGACCUUCUCAUCAGCUUCUUCUUUUCAGCCGUCAGCACUUCGAAGAUUCGUGAAGUGCCCAAGGGUUUGGGACUCCUGACGUUGUAUUCUGAUGAUUUGCUCAACUAUGACGAUGAUUUCCAUCUCAGCGCGAUAGCGUACUUCAAGGAGAGAAGAGUUCAAAUGAAAACUGGUGGUACCCAGCUCAGGGUUGGUGAACGGGUGUUUCUAAUGGACGCAUCAUACGAAACGGUUGGUACCAUUCUAGCUUAUUCUCGGAUGCUGACACUCAUCACAGCUGACUCGAGAUGUCUCAGUCGCAUCACCGCUGUUGACGGUGAGGGGUUCAAUUUUGAGAUAUGCGCCUUCUGGAAGAAUACGAGUUCUAUGCCAGAACAUCCUAAAACUCACCCGUCACUUUCCUUUUCGACGAUAUUUCUGGACAAGGCUAGAAGCAGAACAGAUGGGGGUACCUACGUACGGGUCCUCCGCUAUCAAUAUUUGAUAGACGACCUUGAAACUCCCGGCUGCUACUCAUCUCUCGCUGUCAUGGCCUGUGGCAUCCCCCCAGUCUCCGAGAUGCGGGAAUUCCUUAUCGCGAAACCAGGACGGCGCCUCUCCUCAUGGGAGAAACUAGACCACCAGACGUACAAACUCCUCCACUGGAUCAUCGUGUCAAACCAGUCGCUAAUCAUACAAGACAAUCCUGGACCAGGACAGCUUGAACCAGGACAGCCUGCUGACGAGGAAUCCUCUUCAACGCGGUUGGUGGGAAUGCCAGAAAACUGGCUGCAAUUCCGCUUUCUCCAGGGUUCACCGGAAAAGGAGCUCACGUUCCAGCAAGAAAUAACAUCCUCGUUCAAGGACCAGCUAGCGCGCCGUGAGAAGCCGUUUCCCACCAUCUUUGGGUGGCACGGUAGCCAUGUAGGCAACUGGCACAGCAUCAUCCGAACGACCCUCGAUCAUAUCAAGAUAGAACAUGGGCGGUCGUUUGGUAACGGUGUGUAUCUCAGCAAGGACCUCAGCACAAGUGCGUCGUAUUCUGGUCUCAACGCCACCAUGGUCACCUCGCCAGAUUUGGUCCAUCCACUACCGUAUUUCACCUGGCCGCAUUCCGUGCUACAGGUUGGUUCAGCGGUGGGAUGCUGCGAAAUCAUCAACCAGCCCGACCAAUUCGUCACUGCCGAUCCCUACUAUGUCGUCAACAACCUCGACUGGAUUCAGUGCCGCUAUCUUUUUGUUCAUAUCAACACGCAAACCCUGGCUGAGUCUGGUCUGCCUUUCCUGCAGCAGACAAAUCGAGGCACCCUUGGGAAGCUCAGACAGGAACCUGCGCGGCAGCUUCUAGGACCUUCAGCGAAGCCCAUAGACAUGCCACGUUCAGCAGUUCCGAUUGAAAGAUUUAAAAUGUUCCCAUAUCUUGCGCCUAGAUGGCUCGUUGAUGAGGCCAACAAGAGCGACGAGUGGACUGAGACCGUUGAAGGUUCCAAGGGGGUGGAUGCCGAUGGGAUUUUGGGCUAA